AUGAAAAAAAAGAAGGAAAAAAAGAUAGGGAAAGCAUGGAUUGAUAGGUGUCAAUCAGGUGACGUGUGUAGUCACCUCACUUGUAAUGCUGCCCCUGAAACUAUAUUACACGUACUGGUGCGAUGUAGUUUUACACGCUCGUGUUGGCGGCAGACCCGUGUUCAGGCCGUAGCACCUGGUGCAAUGGUGUUUCGGAGCUGGUUUGUUGAAGGUUUGGCUUCUUGGAGUGAAGCCGAGCGUCUCGAAGCUGCUAUGACCCUUUGGGCGGUGUGGAAAGUUCGUAAUGAGGUUGUUUGGAAUGCUAUUUCUCCUUCAAGUGAAGAGGUAAUUCACGUGGCUAAUGUGAAUUUUUCGGACUGGUGCAAUGCACAACAGUUCGAAAAUGAAACUCUUCCUGUGCAAUCAAGGGUGUUGUGUGACAAAUGGUAUCCUCCAAAUUUUCCUUACAUCAAAGUAAAUGUUGAUGGCGCUUUGUUCACUAACGAAGCUCGGUUUGGCAUGGGUUUAGUGGCUCGUUGUGCGGCUGGGAUGGUGCUGCAAGCAAAAACAGUGUUAAGGACUGGUCUUUUGCAGCCUCAUGAGGUGGAAGCUCUCGGAUUUAAGGAAGCUUUGAGUUGGAUAAAGUCCAAUGGUUGGGUGGGGGUCUUCCUAGAAUCUGAUUGUUUGAGAGUGAUUAGUGAUAUUCAAAGCAAUAAAAAUAUGGUCUCUCCUUAUGGCCAUAUUAUUUUAGAAUGUAAGGCGCUUUGCGCCGAGAUUGGUAAUAUCUCUUUGAGUUUUGUUAAGCGAUCUGCUAAUAGGGUUGCGCACCAGCUGGCGCGAUCCUCUCUUUCUGAGGCUGAUCGUAUUUUUUCUAGUUUUUCUUUACCUUUUGUAAUUUCAUCUUUAGUUUUGGAUGAUUUGAAGUAA